AUGACCAUGGCCGAGACGGUGAUCCGCAAGGCCUGCGAUCGAUGUCACGCACAGAAGCUCAGCUGCAAGCGAUACAACGACGAGCCGUGCGAGCGCUGCGUCCGCCUCAAGACCGAGUGCAAGUCGAGUCCUUCCCUGAGGUAUAGGAAGCAACAGCAACAGCAACAACUCGUCGACAACAACUCCAACCAUCUUCAGGGACAACUUCCUCCCACCUCCUCAACUCCAGCUCCGACCGGACGCCGCUCUCCGAAACGCCGGAGGACCGACAGCCAAGGAGACGCGAGUCUUGUCCCACCCGACACGGGUACGUGCCAUCCCCUUUUUCCUAUGAGCUCACCUGUCUGGCAUCUGAAUCAACCGACUCACCUUUUCGUUUCUGCCGAAAAAGCAGUGCCAAUAGUACCCCAUACGGGCGUCCUGGCGGCGGCGUCCAAGAGUCAUGUCCCCGUCACACCCGAUCCCGUCCUCGGCGCUGGCGACUUUGGCUUCACCUUUGAUCAGCUGGCCUUUUUCCCCCAGCAUUUAUCUCAUCCUGAACUCCCGGGAGGAGCAGUCAACGAUCCUCAUCUGGUCCAUCCUCCGGCCGUCUUUGCCGACUCUUGGGAUCCGAGGCUCGCCGUCGAGGUUUAUCAACCUCCUCAAGAGCCUCUUCCUCCUCAGCUUCAAGGUGACGCCGCCCACCGCGUCGACUCUGUCCCCUCUGCUGUGCCUCCACCACAGCUACACCUACAACCCUUGAGGAGCAGAAGCUGUGUACCUGAGCACGGCAGCUCUGACAAGCGCUCGCGGCCUUGGACCAAGCAACGGCCCAGGCAGAUCACGCUGAGGCACGACGCUGACCAUCUGUCUCCGCUGCACCCCGAAGCGCCCCCGAUUCACUGGAUGGCGCAGCUGUCCGACAUCAACGCCCGCCUCCUGGACCUCGCGUCCGCUCUGCCCUCUCCGCAGGAAGUGGCCCAGAACGGUCCGUCACUGGGUCGUCCUGCCGACGAGAGGUUCAGGAGUCAAGGGUUCCCCAUCGAGGACAUGUUCAAGCUGACCCGGAGACUCGCCGACAUCCUCGAGAAGCCCCCUACCGACACGCCGGACAGGGACGACACCAGGGGUCAUCACUCAACCAUCGACGGGACAGACCCAGGCAACGCCAUGUUCAUCCUCUCAACAUAUGUCCGUCUUCUAGACAUGUAUCAGAGAGUCUUCAGCCUCGUCCACGCGGAGCUAUCCCGGGCAGACUCGGGCGCGACCUUUAGCUUCUGGAAACUCCCCGCCGUCACCGUGGGUUCCUUUGCCGUCGAGUCAUCGACCUUUCUCCAAAUGUCCCUGACGAUCCAGCUGGCAGAGGAGUUCCUCUGCCGCCUGAGAGGAUCAACGGCGCGCUGGUCCGGGGCUGGGAAUGCGGCGUCAAUGUUUGCCGGUGUUGUGGAUGCAUCUUUCCAGGCGUUUAGAGAUCGAGAGGAGGCUUUGGCCAAGCAUCUCGUUGAACUCCGCAGCGAGAUUGAGCCACUAUUGGACUCGUAA